CCGUUAAAUAGAGAGGUUCUGCGCGGGGCGGGCGGGCGACGGGGGCGAGGCCAAUUCAAAACAAUGGCCAGUGAGCCCCCCAGGGAAAAUGCCUCUUCCUUUGGCCAGACGUCAUUUUCGCCCGAAGAGCAGGCAGCAGUUCAACAGGCUCUGCAAGAGAGGCUGGGUCCAGAGUACAUCAGUCAGAGGGCCGGGGCUGGGGGUCAGAAGCUUGCCUAUAUAGAGGGGAACAAGCUGAUCGAGUUGACCAAUGAAACGUUCGGAUUCAACGGCUGGGCCCACUCCGUGACUCAGCAGUCCAUUGAUUUCAUAGACCAGAUGGGAGACAGGUUCUAUGUGGGGGUCAGUUCGUUUGUGCGGGUGCAGCUGAAAGACGGAGCCUACCAUGAAGAUGUUGGCUAUGGCGUGUCUGAAGGAAUGAGAUCUAAAGCCCUGUCCAUCGAGAAAGCCAGAAAGGAAUCCGUUACUGACGGACUCAAGAGAGCUCUUAGGGCAUUUGGGAAUGUUCUUGGGGAACUGUAUAAGCGACAAGGCCUAUCUCAAGUUCGUACAGAGACAGCCAAAGAUGAGUAUUACCCACAGGCGGAGUCAAGCGUUGGGUCUAUGAUGAACCUGAAACACAGAGGAGAAGCCAGCCAGCUGCUUGCCGAAUGGCGUUCUCGGAACUCCACGACUCCUUCAGCCACUCCUCUCACUACUGGCCACUCAGCAACACCUCUGCAAUUACCUUCUGCCCCUGGACCAAGUGGUCGUUUCGACAAACACCAAUCUCCAAGUAGUAGUGACAUCUGUAAAGAACACAAAUAUUGGCCUAAAUCGAACAGAAGCGAUAGCAGUACGCCAAGAAGUACAGGAAGCGUUGGUGUUAAAUCAGAACAACGUGUGGAUAAAUUUGACCUAGCUCAGCAAAGGGUAGCUCAGAAAGCAUUCUCAGGAGGCAAAGAGGUGCACGUGAAAGUAGAAAGACUAUCUUUCACUCCUGCAUCCGCAGACAACGUUUCCUCUAAACUUCCCUCAGUAGCUAGCUCCUGGUUGGUUUGCCCCGACCAAAAGGGACCGCAGGCGACCAAACCAUCCCAAAAUCGACCGCAAGCUGCGAUUGCAACUCCUCGAGCACCGCUGUCGACAACAAAGCAUGGCUGUGAACUUACGCACUCCAGAGCAAAGGAAACUGACAAUACAUCUAGGAAUGAAACAACUCACACAACAACAACAGCAACAACAAAAGCUACAAAUGCAACAACAAAAGCUGCCAAUGAAACACCAAAAGCCACAAAUGCAGCAACAAAAGCUGCCAAUGAAACAACAAAAGCUACAAAAGCGACAACAAAAGCUGGUAAUGAAACACCAAAAGCCACAAAUGCAGCAACAAAGGUUGCGUCAACAGAACAAGGGAAUGAGUGUGUCGUGGCGGAGCCAGAAUCACUGGCGGAAGCGGCAAGAAAAAAGAGGCAAGAACUGCAAAGACUCCAGAAAGAAAAGUGGCAAAUGAAGCACGGGGUGGUGGGCCAAAAGAAGAGAACUUCAGACACUGCUGAGCUCAGUACUGGGGAAGCGGAAGGAGGAGCGACAGGUGGAGAUUUUCUUGAAACUGAUGACCUAAUCUCUGUGGAUAUUCCCGAGUUCUGGGAUAGAGUGUUGUCGAGUCAGAUGACUGACGAACAUCUGCCGCCAAAUAAACGGUUUAGAGCAUCACAAUAGCAUUUUACCCCGAUACGGAGAAAGUCUUGUGCGCAUGCUCAUUGUCCGCAGAAUUACACCACGCCAACUCUAAUCACAGUGCAAUGCUCGUGCAUUUUGAGGCGACAUCUGGUGCGUUCAGUAGUUAUAGCUAUCGUUUUAAGGACCCGUUGGGAUUUGAAGAAACGGAAUGACUGACCGUGAUACGACCGCCUUGUCAAUUUUUCGAGCUCCUAGUGUAGCGGUCUGCGAAAACUCCGUGAGUGACGUGGAGUUUGCGAGAUCCCUGCCGCUCCGGGCGACCUGUCCCGUCACCACGGAGCAGGGGAAACUGCACAGCGUCUUGCUGAGCGUCUCUGAGCGUCGUCGCCGGCGGGGAGACGGAGAAACGAAACUCAAUCGCGAGGGUUCCCGACCACCGCUACCCCGUUCCUCCCCGCGACCGUCGACGACGCCAGAGCCUUCGAGGAGACGAGAGAGAGUACGAAAAAGAAAACUACAGCAAAGUAAAACCAUUUUGCAGUGAUCUUUUGCACCUUUCACGUUACGGUCGAAUAUCAGCGGACGCGGAGCUACCCAGAGCUGUUGCUGACGGCGAAAUCGUACAGAUGCCGCCGUGCAGCAAUCUUCGGAACCCUCCGCCGCAUUACGACGGCAUAACUACAUCUACGGACGUCGAGAUACACCGAACCGUAUCUGCAGUCAGCCUUACAAGCUCUGGUGGUAGCGGCGACACAGCAGCGCUCUGCCCUGCGGCGGCCGAGACGGCGACAAACGACAGCUGUCGUCGGAGAGGCUAUAAUGAGAGGCGGAAGAAGAGUGGCGGAAAGCUGAGACGUAUAAGGAAGAGAUUUGGCAAGGAACGGAUUUGAACGCUCUGGUCAUCUUCCUGUCUAUAUACAAUUGAUCGCUUUACUUUACGUAUAGAUCAUUAAUGUCUUGAUGUUCACGACAUGUAUCCAGAUCACAUGCUUUCUUUAAUGGAUGUUCUUUACAUGAUUCUCACAAAAAGGUAUAUACUUGUAUAAUAUAAAAGACACAUCAUUCACCUAGAUCACAAAACACUUGCACAAUCUCGGAUGCAUGUAUACAGGUAAUGUGCAAAAAAAACCAUGUCGAAAUGAGUAUAUACAAAACAUUCGUCCAAGUGGAGUAAGAGUUUGUGUAGAAUUUUGGCUACUUGCAAUAAUUGUUUACUUUCAAAGUGAGGUAAUGUAAACAGACUAUGUUUGGAAAGAAGCACUUUGCGCUGCCAUGGCAGACGAAAUGAUGUUACCAGCCACUUGCUCUUCCAUUGCACCCAACACUGUCGGUGUCACGUCCAACGACGACACUUGUUUGGGAUCUAUUGCGGUAGUCAUGGUUACGGGGGUCGUUUCCAUGGCACUCAUGGCGACUUCGUCGACAAGAGCGCUCAUAUCAGAGAGGUCUCCUUCGAUUGUGUUUAGUAGCGUCGUGUUUUCGCCAAGUCCGAGUGCCGACGCUUUCUCGCGGUGUUCCUCGCAGUGAUAGUGAGCUAUUAGUUCGCUCGGAGCUUCGAAAUUCUUGUCGCAGAGUUGGCAAUGGAAUCUCUUUCCUCGAUUCGCUCUCGGGUGUGACCGCAUGUGCUGUCGGUAGGCUAUUUCAGAGUCGAACCCUUGGGAACAAACGCUGCAGUUGUAGACCUUUUCGCCGCUGUGCACCUUAAUGUGCAGCUGAAGAUAGGCCAGGCGGGCAAACCUCUUCCCGCAGACCUCACACUCAAACAGAUGUUCAACCGAGCGAUGAUUUUCUAGGCUCCCAACGUCCGGGAAAACUUUGUAGCAAUCGUUGCAACGGAGUCUCUCGGUAUCUGCGUGAUUCUGUCGGGCGUGCAUCUUGUACUCGAUGAGCAGCGAGAACGAAGCAUCGCACUCCUGGCAUUGAUAGGGCCUUCCGUUGGUGUGGACCUUGAGAUGGUUCAUGAGCGCCGUUUGAGUGGCAAACGUUUUCAGACAGGUGCUGUACUGGCACUGAAAGGGGCGUUCGUUUGAGUGCAUGCUCUUAACGUGGUUCUCAAGAGUGUCGAAUCUGGUGAACGAGCGAUCGCAGAUGUGGCACGUGACGCGUGGUCGAUUCGGAUCGUGUAUGUUGAGGUGCCGCGUGAGCCGAUACGGACGGUCGAAGGUCUUACUGCAGAUUGUGCAAGAAUACACAUGUUUCAUGGAACACUCCAUGUUAGCCUGCCCACCCUCCCCUUCCCCUGAUUGUAAAACUUCGUCUUCGUGGACAAGAGAAGUCGACUGUAGCAAUCCACUCUCGUCGAUAUCAGAAGCGGCCGGGGGUAUCUCUGAACCUACCGUGACAUUCAUACUCGUGUUCUGCGAUUCCGUGCCCUCGUCUUGGAGGGAGACCCCUUCGUUAGCGACUGUUUCGGUUUCAAUAUAGUCGUGGAUGUUGUUGAGAUCGAUUCCGGGAUGGUUUUCACGGAGAUGCCUAAACAGGCAGCGGCGGUAGACAAAACUCGUCCCGCACACUUUACAAGACAUGGGGGUAGUCGAUACUUUCCGGAGUUUAUUUUUCGACCCCCCGGGACUCAGUCUUUGGGGGGUCGAGCUUAGGACGGGGUCGGGGACCACCAGCAUGUUUUUGACGGGGGUCUGAUUAGCAGGGCCCCCCCGAGAGCGGCAGAUUUUACACUUACCCUCCGAUUGGGGGUCGAGCUGAUCGGUUGCAUACUUCCUCUUGCAUGCAAUGCACUUUGUGAUGACUAUACCAAAAUUU